GCUGUCAGCAUCGGGGAAAACGGCUUUCGGCGCCGUGGCCCGGGUCGAGCAGCAAAGAAAAGAAAAAAGUGAAUUGCAAGCCCAAGAACCAAGAAGAACAAGAAAUCCCUUUCCGACUCCGAGAAAUUAUGAAGAGUCGCCAGGAAAUGAAAAAUCCGAUCAGUAACAAGAAGAGAAAAAAAAAAGCCCAGGUGAUCUUCAGAAAAACAUUGGAGAAGGAAGCCAAGGGAGUCCAGCCAGACAUAGCUGUGCCCAAGUUCAAGCAGAGUAAGCGGGAGACAGACAGAGCAUACAUCCAGCGCAUGGAGCAGGAGACCCAGCACGUGCUGUUCCUCAGCAAGAACCAGACUGACCAGCGGCCAGAGGUGCAGGUGGCACCCAAGAAGAAUUCAGAGAGGAAGAAAGCGUACCAGAAGCGACGGCUGGACAAGAUUCAGCAGAAGAAGGAAGAGAAGGCCGCAGAAAGGCUGGAGCAGGAGCUACUUCAGGAUACAGUAAAGUUUGGGGAGGUUGCCCUGCAGCCCCCAGAGCUGACUGCCAAGCCCAGGACAAGCGUGAGCAAGAACCAGCCCGCCAGGAAGUCGCUAAUGCUAAUGAGAAUGCUUUUGAGUCCUGGCGCCGGGUCCCAGUCUCCAAACAUCUCGCUAGCCCGGCAGCGUAUUGUUGGGGAGGAAAGAGAACGGGCCGUGCAGGCUUAUCGGGUGCUGAAGAAGCAGUGGCAACAACACUGGCAGCAGGGGACUGUGUCAUCAUAGUCAUAUAGUCACCCUGUUUCCUUUCGGAGAGGAAAUCAGAGACAUGUCUGUGAAGACCAGACAGAACAGAGACCUUGCACACAUGCCCUGGGACUCGGGCCUGUUAGCGACUCUCUAGUGUGGGAGACAUUCUGAAUCUUUGCUUCAGGAGUUGCUCCCUGAAGACUGUUCAUUCGUGUUGUUCUCCACCUCUCACAGGGCUGCCUUUGUUCUGACUCCUGUUAGAAGGCGCCAAUGCCUGUGGAGACAGCCAGUGGGCAUACCUGGCAUCCCACAGAUGGCAUUGUUCAGGGCCAGUAAUCCAUAAUCCUGUCCCCAAAUACCAGCUAACUGCACACAUUGGAGAUGGAAGCCUGAGGCAGAGUAGACCAGCAUUGGUGCAGCACAAUCCAGGGAGGGAGCUUGGACUCUCCACCAGAAAUUGCUCACAGCUUCGAUUUGAUUGUGGAUACAAGACACCGUGCACAUGCCUGACCUAGAGAUCCCUUACUUGUGUCAUGAAGAUCUUUGGGCAUACUAGGAUUGUGGCUAGAGGGACCGAGGAAGAGUUGCCACGAAGGGUUAAGACCUGGGUGGACCUAUCUCCAUCCUUUAUACUGGUGUCAUCAGUGAGCCCAGCUGUGGGCUGGGCCUGAGGCUCCAAAGCUGUCAGAAUCUUAACAAAAAGAACUGCCUGUCACUUUUUGAGGAUGAGUGUGCUUGCUCCACCAACUCAGGUGCUUGUGGCCUGGCCUGGCUGGAGUGGACCACAGUGGUGUGGCAUUUGAUAGGACCUAUUUAUGCCUUUCCCAAAGUCUGCAUUUCUGCAGUGGAGUUUAUUUUCAAAUAAAGUUUUAUUUUUAAGAUCUCUAAUGAUAGAAACACCAGA